UCUGACGUUUAUGGCGCCAGAAAUCAAGGGUUUAGUGAGGAGCUUGUGCAUGUCAGCUAGUGUGUAGCGCCGUUAUUCGUGCUAUGUUGGUGGUUUCACUAAUAUAUGACAUUUUGAGGCUGCAGAGAGGCUGGUAAUCCGUCAUUUGUGCUCGUAUAACGUCGCUUUGGGGUCAAGAUGGUGAUACUACGCCGCAGUAGCGGUGUCGGGGCUGAGCCGGUGGCAACAACACCCAAGAGGAGGUCUAUGGAGUUGGAUACUAGCUCCGAGUUUCUGUCGCUGCUUCCCGCCUCGCAGAGAAAGUCCGCCCGGUUAACCCGGUCCUCCCAGGCCCUGGAUGACAGCUUUAGCAGUCCUGAAAACAACUCGGCGAAUGGACAUGCUGAUAGGAAGCAGAAAGAGGGAAGUGGAAUCCAUCACUCUCUGAGGACCAGAGGCCAGAGAGUUCGACUUGAGGUUUCUUUUUCUGAGGAACCAAAGACCACCAGCUCCCCUGUAAAUGAAGACAAGACUGGAGGAUGCUGCACCAGAAAAUCUUCCAGGCUGCAGGGAGAUGGAAAAGCCUCCAGUGGCAAUCAGCAAGCAGACGUUCCAGAUGAAGUGGAGGAGUCGUCCACUCCCAAGAGGAGCCGCUUUAAUCUGCAGAGCCGAGAUGUGGAGGAAGAAGAGGAAGGAGAAGAGGGUCACUCAGUGCGACGUAGUUCUCGAAUCACAAGAUACAAACUUAAUUCCCGUAACCAGUCAGUGCUCUAUGACCGGCUCAUCACCAACACUGCUGAAGCUGUUCUUCAGAAGAUGGAUGACAUGCAGAAGAUGAGACGCAGACUGAGAGAUAGAGACACUAAAGAAGAGCUUGGCAUGUACACCAGGGACAGAAUGAGAAGAUCUCUGAGAACGAAUGCAGACAGUAAAGACACCAAGGAGGAGAAUCAAGGAGGGGAUGAGGAUGAUCAUGAUGAAGAGGAGGAGGAAGAUGGAGAAGAUGAGGAGGAGGAGGAAGAGGAGGAAAAUGAUGAAGAAGACGAUGACGAAGAUGGCGAGGAUGAGGAAGAAGAAAAUCAGAGGCGUUAUGACUUCAGACAGCGAAAGACUGUGGUUCGCUACCAGGCCCCGCAGGACGAACCCAGAGAGCCCAGGAAGCGCAGCAUGUACUUCAAGGGCCAUUCAUCUCCUACCAGACGCAGGUUUAGAUUCAGCUCCACAGCCCCUAGGAGCCCCUACAACAGGAGAACCAGCAGGAGUAGUUCUGAGAGAAGGAGACAUGCCAUCCACAGUAGUGACUCUACUUCCUCAUCUUCAGACGAUGAGCAGUUCCAGAGACGGAGAAGUAAGAACAGGAGCAGGCCAGUCAACAGAUGUCUGCCUAUGAACUUGGUGAAAGAAGACCUGCUGGGGAUUCACAAGGACAGGAUGAAGAUUGGAGCCAGCCUCGCUGAUGUCGACCCCAUGCAAAUAGAUAGAACGGUGCGGUUUGAAAGCAUUGGAGGUUUGAGCAGACACAUCUCAGCACUGAAGGAGAUGGUGGUCUUCCCUCUCCUGUACCCAGAAGUCUUUGAGAGGUUCAAAAUACAGCCUCCCAGGGGCUGUCUGUUUUAUGGUCCUCCAGGAACAGGGAAAACCCUGGUAGCCAGAGCGCUGGCCAAUGAGUGCAGUCAGGGGGAAAGAAAGGUGUCUUUCUUUAUGAGGAAAGGAGCAGACUGCCUCAGUAAGUGGGUUGGAGAAUCUGAGAGACAGCUGCGACUGCUUUUUGAUCAGGCAUACCAGAUGCGUCCAUCCAUCAUCUUCUUCGAUGAAAUUGAUGGUUUGGCUCCAGUCAGGUCCAGCCGUCAGGACCAGAUCCACAGUUCCAUUGUGUCGACCCUUUUGGCUCUUAUGGAUGGAUUGGAUGCCAGAGGAGAAGUUGUUGUGAUAGGAGCUACAAACAGACUAGACUCCAUCGACCCAGCUCUCAGAAGACCAGGGCGCUUUGACAGAGAGUUCCUCUUCGGCUUGCCAGAUAGAGAGGCGAGAAGGGACAUUCUGAAGAUCCACACCAGACAGUGGACUCCACCACCUUCUGACACUUUCCUGGAAGAAUUGGCUGAUAAAUGUGUUGGUUAUUGCGGAGCAGAUAUCAAGGCAGUGUGUUCAGAGGCUGCCCUGUGCGCACUGCGGCGUCGCUACCCACAAAUCUACUCUUCAUCACAGAAACUUGUGCUUGAUGUCAACUCCAUAGCAAUCACAAGCAAAGACUUUAUGUCUGCCAUGUCCAAGAUGGUGCCAGCGUCCCAGAGGGCAGUAGUGUCACCUGCCAAGGCCUUGAUACCUGCCAUCCGCCCCCUGUUGAGCGCCGCCCUGCAUGACAUCCUCGACACAGUCAGCAGAGUGUUCCCACAUGCUGAACACGGCUUAAACAGGAAGAGAGAACAAGACGUGGCCUGUGUUGUGUCUGAGGACGAUCUGAUGUUCAGUGAGGAUGAAGACUUGGAAAUCUUUUCCAGUGGACAGACCUCUCACUCCCAACUCAAAACACCUGCUGCUAAGGGACUCCUCAACCUCAACAGGAGUGUGCUGAGCCACCCAACCUCCUACCGUCCCAGACUUCUGUUGGAGGGUAGACCAGGGUCAGGUCAGAGCUCCCACCUGGCUCCAGCUGUCCUCCACGCUCUAGAGAAAUUCACUGUGUACACACUAGACAUGGCCGUGCUGUUUGGAGCCAGUGCAACAGCCCCGGAAGAGACUUGUGCUCAGAUCUUUGUUGAAGCAAAGCGAACCUCUCCCAGUAUCCUGUACAUCCCUCACAUUGGACAGUGGUGGGAAACUGUGGGACCAGCCUUAAGAGCCACUUUCCUCAGCCUGCUCAGCUCUAUCCCUGCCUUUGCUCCUAUAUUGCUUCUUGCUUCCUGCAGCCUGCGAUAUGACCAACUCAGUAUGGAGGUGCAGGAACUGUUUCGGGAGCAGUAUGGAGAGGUUUUCCAUGUCAAGGUCCCCACCAGCAGAGAAAGAAGAAACUUCUUUGAGGAUCUGAUACUCAAUCAGGCUUCCAAGGCCCCUGCCUCCAAAAAGAAAGCAGUCCUAAAUGCAUUGGAGGUGCUUCCUGUUGCCCCUCCACCUCCCCCACGUCAGCUGACAGAAGAGGAGACCCAACGACUGGAGGAACAGGAGGAAGGUACCCUCAGAGAGCUCCGUCUCUUCCUGCGCGAUGUCACCAACCGACUUUCCCAAGACAAACGCUUCAAGGCUUUUACAAAGCCUGUGGAUUUAGAAGAGGUACCAGAUUAUGCUGAGGUGAUCAAGAAGCCUAUGGACCUGUCAACAGUACUCUCGAAGAUCGACCUCCAUCAGUAUGAGACCGUCAAGGAAUUCCUCCAAGACGUUGAUCUCAUUUGGCAGAAUGCCCUUGAAUACAACCCAGACAGGGACCCCUCAGAUCGUCAGAUCCGCCACAGAGCAUGUGCAUUAAAAGACACCGUCCAUGCCAUCAUCAAAGAUGAACUGGAUGAAGAUUUUGAGAAGAUCUGUGAGGAGAUGAAAGUGUCACGCAGCACAAGAGCAGGUGGCUCUACUGUCCGAUAUGCUCCCUCCUUCUACCACGUCCUUCCCAAAGUGUCCAAAUCUCCUGCUGAGGCCAAGAUCACUGACAUGUCUACACAAAGAGAGCCAACUGGACCCACAGCUGCAGUGACUCCUAAUACAAGUGCCCCUGCUGUUACAGUGUGUAAAAACUCAGCUCAGAGGAAGAAAAGACGGAAGAGUCGCUGGUCUGCUGGCCUCUAUGCAAGGAAGAAGUCUUCCUGCUCUCCCCACACAUCUAGAGAUGAUGAACACUUGGGGUCUGAUGAGGAUGAGGAAGAUGGGGACGAUGAGGAGGAGGUUGAGAAGGCAGGAGGAACAGAGUGUGAUGAGGGGACAGGAGGAGAGGAGGAGCAGAUGGUGAUUGAUGAAGAGUCAGGGCCUGUAGCCGCUAAGGAAAGUAGGUUGCAGCCCAUUGAGAAGGAGCAGGACAGUCAGGAGGGAGAAGAGAUGAGUCCAGCUGCUGAAGAAAAGGCUGUCCUUUGUCAAUCAGACAAAAAAGAAAAUGUCGACAAAGAAAAAGUGGAUAAAGCUGUGAAAGAUCGACCAGAGCUGUCAAAGGAAAACAACAAAGAGUUAACAAAGGCAGGAAAUGAGAUCAGUGAAACUAUUUCAGUGAACACUAACCAGGACAGCCACACUGACACAAAGGGAGAUACCCAGGGACAGUCCAACAUAGAGGAGAGUGGUGAAAGUAACUGUCAGAAACUGACAGAAAGUGAGACUGACAAAUGUCAAACUGUAACAGAGGCAAGAGACGGCAACAACAAGGUCCUUAAUGUAGAAGAGGCAGAGCAGAACAGCCCUGCUGAACCAAUGGAGAUGGAAGCAACAGAAACCUCAACCACAGAUACCCCUGAAGCUGUCAAAGGAGAGGAAGACACAAGCACAGAGCGGUGUGUGAGACGCAUAACUCGAUCUCUGAAGACCACUGUGCAGCAGCAGCAGUUUAUCGAUGUGGACAAGGCUCUGCAGAUCCUGGACCAGGAAACUCCUCCUCUGGUGGUGGACAAAGUCAAAUUAAAGGAGCUGUUGGAGAGAUUGGUGACCAAGACUGAAGGCUAUGAGGUCUACAAGCUGGAGAAACUCUAUGCUCUGCUCUGCCAGUGCAUUUAUAGACACAGACGAGACCACAACAAAAUGGCACUUAUACAGGAGUUGGAACAAGAGAUUGAAGACUUCUGUUGACUACAGCAACAAUGUGACUAAUUAUUAUACUUAUCAUCCACUUAGCUGUGUAAAUAUACAAACACUGGUUCUAUUUUCAUAGAAACCUAUAGGAACCUCUAUUUGUGCAUUAGAUCUUUGUAUUACCUCUUUUGUUAUAUUUAAUUAAAUGGUUUUCAUGAAAA